AUGACUGUAACAGAGGUUUUGGAGCUACAAGAGGACCAGGAGGAAAGUGCUCGGAUCUUGGCUGCCAUAAAAGAGCAGCAGGAUCUGGAAUCUGAGAUUAAAGAUGAUGAGCAACAAAGAGAGUUCACGGGCAUGUCUUCCAGCAAAAAGUUGAAGCGGCUGCAGGAUUUGGUAAAGAAAUCCCAGGUGUUCUCGGCGAUUAUCGCAGACACGUUAUUGGAGAGCACUCUGAACAAAAAAGAAGAGCCCAGAAACGAAAUUAAAGAGCCUGUCACUAAGAAGGCUCGGCGUGGUAGAAGUGCCACCGGGAAGAGCCAUCAAUUUGUUCCAUUAGGGCUUUCUUCCGAGUCAAGUUUAACCAAAGACAAACUGGAGCAGGCCUCAAGUUCGCAAAAAAGUGAUGCCAGGGGCUAUUCGCAGCCAAAAAUGUUAAAGAACUGCACUCUAAGGGACUACCAACUAUCAGGAAUGGAAUGGUUGAUCACUCUGUACGAAAACGGAUUGAAUGGAAUACUUGCGGACGAAAUGGGCCUUGGAAAGACACUUCAGUCUAUAGCGAUGCUAGCAUUUUUAUAUGAGCAGGGCAUCAAGGGCCCUUUUCUGAUUAGUUGCCCUCUAUCAACGCUAUCUAACUGGGUUGAUGAAAUCAAGAGAUUUGCACCCUCAAUGCCCGUUCUCGCUUACACAGGAGAUAAAGCCACCAGAAAGUCCCUCAGAGACGAACAUUUUAGUCGGAAUGAAGACCUGGGAAUCGUUGUUGUUAGUUACGAAAUUUCCAUCCUGGAUUCAAAGUAUUUCAACGGUGUGGAUUGGAGAUUCCUGAUUGUUGACGAGGGUCACAGACUGAAGAAUGCUGAUUGUAUGCUGAUAAGGCAAUUGAAAAGAAUACGAACGUCAAACAGACUACUGCUCACGGGGACUCCACUUCAGAACAAUUUGAGAGAACUUUGGUCACUGCUGAAUUUCAUCCUGCCUGAUGUGUUUCCAGAUGUUCAAAUGUUUGAGCAAUGGUUUGAUUUUUCAUCCUUGCAGGAGCUCAAGGAUGACGAUGGUGAUGACCAGUUCAACGAGUUAGUGAAUGCAGAAAUUCAAAAGAGCUUAAUCUCAAGCUUGCACACUAUUCUGAAGCCAUUUCUCUUGCGUCGUCUCAAACGAGACGUCGUGAAAGGAUUGCCUCCAAAACGGGAGUAUAUCAUCUAUGGAACACUCACAGACUCACAGAAAAUGCUUUACACAGCAGCACUUAAAAAGGAGCUUUCUCAUGAAAUUUCCCGGUUCGGAUUCAAGGAGUAUCUGAGGGCAAACAAAAUCAGAUUUGCCAGAGGUGGUGAUAAGAGCACAGUUGAUAGUUUCUUGAACUCUGUUCUAGAAGGUGAAGAAACACCCACGCCUCGCUCGCUUGUACCCCAUUGGAAUAAAGUGAAGCACGAAAUAGAUCAAAAAAAGACUCUGAACGCUAUCAUGCAGUUGCGUUUGGUGUGUGACUCUCCCUAUCUGUUCUAUUUCCCUUGGGAAGAUGAAACCAAAGUGGAUGCAGCUUUGGUCGAGAAUUCUUGCAAAAUGACCAUUUUGAACCAACUAGUACCAGCAUUGAUCAAGAAAGGUCACAGAGUGUUGAUAUUCACGCAAUUCGUCAAGAUGCUGGACCUCAUUCAUGACUGGUGUGCUACUUACAUGGGAUAUAAUGUUUGCAGAAUAGACGGCUCCUCCUCGCAGGAGGAGCGUCAAUCUGAAAUUCACUCCUUCAAUAACACGGACGAAGGUAGCGAAAGCCCACAAGUGUUCCUUCUCUCCACACGUGCUGGUGGUCUUGGUAUAAACCUGACUGCGGCUGAUAGUGUUGUUCUAUUUGACAGUGAUUGGAACCCUCAGGUCGACCUCCAAGCCAUGGACAGGGUCCACAGGAUCGGCCAGACGAAACCGGUGGUUAUUUAUAGACUUGCAGUGUCCAACACAGUCGAGGAGGUUCUUUUGGCCCGUGCUGACUCAAAGAGGAUACUGGAAAAGCUGGUGAUUCAGAUGGGACAGUUCCGAGCGUUGACCCGUCUCUCCAGCGACCAACAGAAGAUGUCCGCGGGAGACAAGUCUAGCAAGCAGCAAUUAUAUGAAGAACUGGACACUUUGUUGAGGGUAAAGAAUUUUGGUGGAAAGCAUGUGCAAGAUAACGAGUUGAGCACGGAAGAGAUGGAGGAACUGUUGGAUAGAAAUUCAGCAGCCUAUGAGCCAGGCCGCGAAUUGAGUUCGAAAUUUAGCCAUAUCACUCUGUUUGAGACUGUGAGCUCACUGGAAUAA